UUUUCUCAAUAAUAUACCCCAAUCAUUCUUUGGUUAACGAUUCAAGUCAAGCAUCGUUCAUUCAUUCGCUUUUUGCCCCUACAAACCAGUAACCAUCAUCUUCCAGAGGCUUCUGCUACUACUCCGAUGGCGUCCGAUCUUGCGGCUAAGGCGAAGGAGGCAUUCAUCGACGACCAUUUCGAACUAGCCGUUGAACUCUAUUCUCAAGCCAUCCUCAUCGAUCCUAAGAACUCCGAGCUUUUCUCCGAUCGUUCUCAGGCUAAUAUCAAACUCAAAAACUUCACCGAAGCUGUUGCUGAUGCAAACAAAGCAAUUGAACUGGAUUCCUCAAAUUCUAAGGCAUAUUUACGCAAAGGGACAUCAUGUUUCAGUCUUGAAGAAUAUCAGACUGCAAAAUCAGCCUUUGAAGCUGGCUCUACAUUUGCCCCAGAAGAUACAAGAUUCACAGAUUGGAUUAAAAAGUGUGACAAGUGCAUUGCAGAGGAAAAUGGUGAGCUAACAACACAGUCAUCAGAUGUAACCUCUGUGACUUCUAAUUCUCAUCAACCAGAAAAAACCGAUGCAAAUACAAAAGAUGCUGAGGAAGAAAAGAAUAUAUCUAGCCAGGUCAUCACAACAACACCACCAAAACCCAAAUACAGGCAUGAAUUUUAUCAGAAGCCAGAGGAGGUUGUUGUGACCAUAUUUGCCAAGGGAAUUGCAGCUAACCGUGUGUAUAUCAAUUAUGGAGAGCAAAUAAUAAGUGUAACUAUUGAUGUCCCUGGCGAAGAUGCUUACAUUUUCCAGCCUCGCUUGUUUGGGAAGAUAGUCCCUGCAAGGUGUAGAUAUGAAGUUCUGUCAACCAAAGUUGAAAUCCGGCUUGCAAAAGUUGAACCUAUUCAGUGGACAUCUCUUGAAUAUGGUAAUAACAAUGUGGUUGCACAAAGGAGCAAUGUCUCUUCAGGUAAUCAAAGACCUACAUAUCCUUCCUCCAAACCAACCAAAGACUGGGAUAAGCUUGAAGCCCAAGUGAAAAAGGAGGAAAAAGAUGAAAAACUGGAUGGGGAUGCAGCUCUUAAUAAGUUUUUCCGUGAUAUUUACAAAGAUGCAGAUGAUGAUACAAGAAGGGCCAUGAGAAAAUCUUUUGUUGAGUCGAAUGGGACAGUGUUGUCAACAAACUGGAAAGAGGUGGGAUCAAAGAUGGUGGAAGGAACCCCUCCAGACGGCAUGGAAUUGAAAAAAUGGGAGCAUUGAUUUGAUUUGAUUUGGUUUGGUUUCAAGUUGUCUGUCUAUAUAUAGAUUAUAGAGCAAGUCUUUUUGGCCUUGUCUUUGAUUUUUGAGCUAUUUUUUUUUUUUUACUCUCUCGUCAUGUACCAUGAUAUGCUAUCUAUAUUUGCUCUCUCACCUUCCAACUCUGCUUUCACUCCAUACUCCAUAUACUUUACUUGCUUGAUUGUUUUGCUUGUUUGGUUUUCUUAUUUUUCAUGAAUUCUAGUGGUCCCUAUCA